UCAGCUAAUAGAUCCUGGUAAUAUAGAAUCAGUGUGCUUAUUUUUCCCUGGGCCCACGAGAUCGACUAGUCCUCCCCCGUCAUGGAAACCAUCCGAGACUCAGCAUUUGGGAAGCUAGUACGCAUCUUCAGCCGAAAGAGAUGGCUGCGUUACCCCGAAGAGAAUGAUACGGGCAUGUGGACCGAGUACCUGAAGACGGAGAAACAGGUCAAAGAUGAGGAAGCAGCUGCCUCUGAAAGCGAUCAGGAAAACCUGGGUCUCUAUACUGUUCUCUCGCAGGCCUCCAGAGCAUCACGUCGCCUAUCAUCGGCAUCGACAGUUAGACAAGGCGGGGGAGAAGGAGCACAUCCGAAUCCCAAUGCAUCACUUGUCAUCGACUGGAGCGGGCCAGAUGACCCUGAGAAUCCGCAGAACUGGAGCACUUUCAAGAAGCUGUUUGCUAGCAGCUUAAUCUGGCUUCUGACGUUCGCUAUCUACAUCGGCUCUGCGAUUUACACACCAGGCAUUCCUGAUGUUUGCGAGCAGUUUGGAGUGAGCAGAGUGGCUGCCACGUUGGGGCUGACCCUAUUCGUGCUGGGAUAUGGCUUGGGCCCAAUGGUCUGGUCUCCUUUGUCAGAACUACCUCCCGUUGGUCGAAGCCCUACGUAUGUCCUUACACUGUUCGUCUUCGUCUUCUUCCAAUUUGCCGUCAUCUACGCCACAAAUUUCGGAAUGCUUCUGGCCUUCCGAUUCCUUACUGGCUUCAUUGGAUCCCCAGCUCUAGCCACUGGCGCAGCCUCCAUGGGGGAUAUCUGGAAUCCCAAGAUGCGCGACUACAUGAUCAUCAUAUGGGGUGCGUUUGCCAUCUCCGCACCAGUCUUGGGUCCUCUGGUAGGCGGCUUCGCUGCGCAAGCAGAAGGAUGGAAAUGGACCAUAUGGCAGCUUCUUUGGGUCUCCGGUUUUGCUUUUGUUCUUCUAUUCUUUUUCCUUCCGGAGACAUAUGCACCCAACAUCCUCUACCGCCGAGCUCGUCGCGUCCGCCAGAUCACGGGCAACUCCAAUUACCGAUGUGAAGCUGAAAUUGAGGUCGCCAACAUGAAGAAAGCGGACAUUAUUUUCGAAGCCCUCGUCCGCCCCUUCGAACUAUGCUUCUUCGAACCCAUCGUCCUAUUUAUGAACCUCUACAUCGCCCUCAUCUACGGCAUCCUCUACAUCUGGUUCGAAGCCUUCCCUAUAGUCUUCAGCGAAAUCCACGGCUUCAACACCGGCGAAAGCGGUCUCGCUUUCCUCGGUAUCCUCGUCUCAACCUGCUGCAUCACCAUCCCCUGCUACUUCUGGUGGAAAUGGAAAUACCAAGCCAAAUACUUCGACGAGAACUGGAACAUUACUCCCGAAAUGCAGCUUCCACCGGCCUGCAUUGGAUGCUUCGCUCUCCCCAUCUCCCUCUUCUGGUUCGGCUGGACGGGCCAGUUCGCCUCCGUGCACUGGAUCGUGCCUAUCAUUGCGUCCAUGUUGUUCAGUGUCGGUGGUUGUCUCAUUUUCAAUUGCAUUUUCUGCUACCAGGCGCAUGCGUACCCUAAGUAUGCGGCGUCGGUGCUCGCGGGAAAUGAUUUCCUGCGCUCGUCGUUUGGGGCUGGGUUUCCGUUGUUCGCUACGGCGAUGUUCCAUAAUCUGGGGGUGGGGUGGGCGUGUACUUUGCUUGGGUGCUUGUGUGUGCUUUUUGUGCCGUUUCCGUUUGUGUUGUUGAAGUUUGGGAGGAGGUUGAGGUUAGCGAGUAGGUAUGCGAGACAUGAUAUUUGA